AGAACAUUUAGUUUAUUUUCUUUCUUUUUUUUAUUCAUGAUCACUGGAUGCGCUUGAAAUUUUCAUGAUUUGAAUUGAAGUUGAUUUGAACAUAGUUUUUAUGCUUAUAUAUUCAAGGCUUAUAUGACAAUGUCCAAGUAAGCAAAAAAAAAAGAAAAAAAAAGGAACUUAUUCAGCUCAAUUGCACAAGUCCAAAAAAUCCACAAGCUGAGGAAAACUAAAAAUUCCAAGAACACAAGAGGCAGCAUAGACGAGAAGAGGAAAGACUUUGGUGAUGAAAACAGGAAAGACAGGGCUCUAAAUAUUCACACCGAAGGCCAAUCAGAGCAAGCAGAUACACAUGGGCCAAACUAGACCCAGGCAAUAAAAACAAUCAGACAUGGGAGGAAGUAAAACUACACAUAAGACUCCAGAGGAAAAUAAAGCGGGACGUGAAUAACAAGAACCGAAGAAGCUAAAACAUAACUAGCACUAAAAUACAAAAAAAAAAAAAGUUAUUCUUGACCAAGAAUUAUUAAUUUCCUUUCUUCUUUCUUAAGAAAUGAGCUUCAUAAUCUUCAAGACCUAUUCAAACAAACAAAGGUGAAUAAAACAAGCACACGCAUUAUUACUAUUUGUUUUUUUUAAACUUAGGUUUCUUGAGGUGGAGAUGAAUUAACUAAAUAUUCUGCUUGUUACGGCUACUGAAAAACUCUUUUAUUUAUUUAGUUCAUUUAGUCAUUUCACUUUUUUUGCUGCCAUGCAGAAAUAUUUUACAAAUAAUUUAUCUUGAAGUUUUGACUUAAGUUCAGCAGAAAAUUCAAGUUAUUUUCUCAGACAUUUGAGCUAGUGAGUUCAGAUUUUGAGAUGCAGAGCGUAAUAAAUUUAUUAGACCGUCUAUCGUUAACUAGAAGAACACACAAAUAUUUAAAAAAUGCCUCAAAUUUGUUAAAAAUGAAAAAUCAUGUUUUUAUUUAUCAGACAAAUUCCUGCUGAAUUCAUGUUUUACACCCAGUUUUGAGAACACUAGACUUCUCUGAGAUGUUAGAAAUUAAACAUAAACAUUCAAGCAGUAAAAAAAAUGUUUCUGUUCAGGAAAGAAAGUAAAUAUUUCUACAUAUUUGUCAAAACUCAAAAAAAUAAUACUGACUUUUGAGAUAAUAACCUGAAAUUUUGACAUAUGGAUGCCUUUUUUCCCCAGAGGUGGAAACAAGCUUCCAUAUUUUGAUGUGUUGUGUCAGAUAACAUUUAUCAUCAAGCACCUAAUAUGUAUUUUUUUCACCCACAGAGAUGUUACAUCGCAUAAUUUUGCUUUUUGUGAGUCUGGUAUUUUUGGAACAAGUAUCCUUUGCAGAUUUUACUUCUUCACAAAUAGAAAAAUGCACAGAAACCACACGUGAGACAGAAGACUUUGAACAGCUGAAGAAACUCAGGAACAGAUUCACUUAUAUUGCAAGAAGCUGUAAAGAGAUCAAGGACCGAUAUGGUGAAUAUGAAGAUGGGGUGUACUACCUCACCACAGCUAAUGGCAUGCUGUACCAGACUUACUGUGACAUGACCACAGCUGGAGGCGGAUGGACGCUGGUGGCGAGCGUCCAUGAGAACAGCAUUUACGGAAGGUGCACAGCCGGCGAUCGCUGGUCCAGCCAGCAGGGCAACAAUGCUGACCUGCCUGAUGGAGAUGGAAACUGGUCCAACAGAAACACCUUUGGAACAGUAGAGAGCGCCACUGCUGAUGACUUUAAGAAUCCAGGUUACUAUGAUAUAACAGCUGAGGACAUGUCUGUGUGGCACAUUCCCAACAAGUUGCCGCUGGAGCACUGGAACCAAGAAGCUGCAGCCAUCCUCCGCUACCACACUGAAAACCAGUUCCUCACAUUGUACGGAGGAAAUCUCUUUCAGCUGUUCAAGCAAUAUCCGGUGAGAUACAAAGUUGGAACAUGCAGUGACAGAGGGCCAGCUAUUCCCAUCAUAUACGACCACGGAGACGCGGAGUCCACCAAAAAGUUGUAUGGACCCAAUCCAAGAAGGGAGUUUGAACCAGGCUUCAUCACUUUCAGAGCAAUAAACUGGGAAUCUGCGGCCAUGGCUAUCUGCUCUGGUGUCAAGCCGACUGUCGGUUGCAACACUGAACAUUAUUGUAUAGGAGGAGGAGGAUAUUUCAACCCUGAGGAGCAGUGUGGGGACUUCCCAUCUUUUGACUACGACAGACUGGGCAAAGAGCAAGGCUGGAGCGCCUCCAAAGAGAUGACCGAGGCUGCUGUGUUACUGUUUUACCGCUGAGUGGGUUUGCGUAGCCUCGACUAUAGUCAGUCCCAGCUGUAACCAGAUCAGGUGACAUCAGAUUUAUUUGUACAGCCAUCAAUCAUAAAAUUUCUCUUUUAUUGGAGAACAAAUCAGAAGUUGACAGUGAAAGAAUCAUUUGUAAUUAAGCAACACAAACCGUAGAUGGCACUGCUGAACUGUGUAGUUACACGAAACAUUCAAAGUUGUUUUUACUGGAAUUAAUUUGACAGUUUGUUUUAGUCAGCAGAGAAAAAGAAAGAUGAACUGCGAAUAGAUUUCAUGGUCACGGUCUAACCUUCAAUUUUUAUGAAAAAAAAUUUGCAUGUAAGUCAUCCUCAUUAUUAUUGACGAGCACAUACACCUAAAAUACUCAGGACUAACCAGUGAAACUGAGUAUUUUUUAAAUCUUGUGUCCAUUGCUUCCACUGACAGCUCAUGACAUAAAAACCUUCAGGUGGUCUAGAGGUCACCUAUAGCUGAAAGACAAACUGGCCACGCUGGCUGGAUAUAGCCAUGGACUUCAAACAGAUGCUGGAGGUCUAAAGCUUGCACAUUUGUUCCCUUGUGUGAUGUGUGUCCUCUGAUUCUUGGAACUAAAGAUCUGAUUAAUUAAACAUCAAAUUUUCACUGAAGGUUUAGUAAGAAAUGUGGUAAAGAUGAAAUGCGUUUCCAUGGAAACCCUGCUUUGAUUAGAAUGUUAUUAACCUGAUCUAGAGCUAUAUUAAAAGCUAAGACUAGGUGUGGCUUUAUUUAACCUAAAAGACAGACAGACAAACAAAUGAACAAACAAACAAACAACACCCACACUUGAAAACUAACUGAAAUGAUUUUUUGAAAUAAAAACAAAAUACAAAUAUUUGCAGUAAAUGUCCUUACUUGUAGUUUUUGACAACACAGCGAGUAUGACGCAUUUGUUUGAUGAGACAUGAGAUAACUAAACAAGCAAAUACCCAGCCUCACAAAGUGUUGUGUCUUUAUUGUAAUACCUGUUUUAACUUUUCCAAAUUUUAGCUGGACAAACACUCUUCAUAUAAUAAUAAUAAGAAAAGCAAGAAAAACAAAAAUCCCUUUAAAACUAACACUGAAACUAGCCUAAACUGAAUCCAAACCUUUCUAAACAGUAACACCAGGGCUGAAAAUACAAAACUGUAACAUUUAACAACGAAUGCUGAGCUUGCGGUAAACGUAACUGCUUUUUUUUUUUUUUUUUACGUCUCUACCAUUUUACUUACCUGACUUCUUACGACCAUGGGUCUGAUACAACCUUUGGUUAAGACAGCUAACGACUGCACUGCAAGCAGAAAUGAUGAAUAUAAAUGUAGGUAUUCAUUUUUUUCUUUUUAGGAAUAAUGCACAUCUUAUUUAUUUAAUAAAUAAAUAAAUAUAUUUAUAUCCCCCCUCCUGUAUGCCACUCUACGAGUCAGCUGAGCUAGAAACUUAAAAAGAAAAACAAAACCAAACUCUUAUGGAAGAAUACUCUACUCGGAAAACAUGUAUUGGUAAAAUAUAGCAAGAAUAAAAUUGUUCUAAUUGUUAUGUGUAUGCUCUGAAUUCCUCAGAAACACUAAAAGAAAAUGAAAAACAAUUAAGAUGAUUAAAUAUCUAACAAGUUAAAGAAAGGGGAUGAAACGGGGUACAGGUGAGGAUUUCCGGUGUAGUCUCGAUUUUCUGCACUACGCAAACAAAAUUCAAAAUAAUGGGAGUUUAUUUUUCACAUUAUUGACCUCCAGUCUUUAAUAAUCAUUCUCCUCGGUGUUUCUUAGUGUGACAGAAAAGCAAAGCUGAGAAGUGUGAGGUAAAUAUUGUGUUUAAUAAACAAACAUCAGUCAGGGAACUGACAUUAGUCUGGGGAUGGAGACGGGGAAAUAUAAAGCACAAUGCACAUGUGUAGUGGUGGAGGGGGGGACAUAUUUAUCUGUUACACAAGGUGCCCCCCGUACAGUAGGAGCAGGAAGUUCUAUAUAACAUACAGAUCAGGAUCCAAGUCUACGGUACAAAAACUUAGCAGCAACAUGUUAACAUCGGAGACCAAGGGGCUAACAAAGUAGUUUCAUUUAGAAAAAAGUCACAGUAUUCUUUAAGCAUAAAUUUGUUAAAAAGGUAAAAACAGUCCUAAGCAUCCUCUAGGGUCAAUGCUACUCACAAGAUCUGUGUGUGAAAUACAUAGGUAGGGAAAUUAUCUAUACAUUUAUACUCUAAUAUAAAGACCUUCUGGUAAUGGCACAGUACAAACUUCCAGGAAACGCGACAAAAAUAUACAAUGUCUUCACGUCACAUUUGCAGAUUAAAAUGUAACUAAAGGUCUCUGGCAAGCACAAUAGUUUCAGUGAUCCAAAAAAAAAGGAAAAAACAACUUCUCACCAUUUUGUUAGUUCAGCUAUCUUGACAGAUUAUGUCUUUUUAAUACAAAAAUAAGGACAAAUACUGUAUAAAUUAAUAUAUAUUAAAAGAAUCAGAUUGAUACAUGGGGAAUCUACUGAAUAAGUACAGGUAUUUAUGAUACAAUAAAUACUUGUCAUUCAUGACUGGGGGCAGAAUAAACGGACUGAAGUGUGUUUAUCCUGGCAGGUAAUAGGUUUACCUCUAUAGGUGAGAGUAUUUAUGUGUGUUUGUGUUUGUGUGUGUUGUUCAGUAGCUGUAGAAAAUAGCACAUGAUUGAGCACAGCUGUGUGUAGGAUCAUGCACACAGUCUCAGAGGGUUCAGGAGGUCUGUUAAAAGGGAGACUGCAGACUGCAGUGGUGAUUUCUUGUGAAGGUUGUCACUGCUCGCCCUCUCCCAGUGCCUUAACGCAGCUCCUCCUAGUGGUGAGUCUGUGGUACUAAGGUUACUCCUAAAACACACAACUGGGGGACAGGAAGCAGGAAGUCUGUGGUCAGGAAGUGGUCAGCUGUCAGUGACACGUCAGUCCUCCAGGGAAGAGACAAGUG